GAGAUAACCGGCCAGGGGCGGGGACGAAGGGGACGCGGGGCCUUAGGGUCGCCCGGGCAGCUGGAGCUCAGGGUGGGCUUCCGGGGCCUGAGCCAGGACCCAAGCAAGGAGGGAUGAGCAGGCGGCGGCGGCCCACCCUCACUCCAGGUCCGGGCGAGAGGCUGCGGGUUCGGCGGCCGAAGGCCAGGCCCGCAGGCCGCGCGCCGCGGAGGCUGCCGGGCCUUGACGCCGGCCUCUGCCCCUCCCGCAGCCCGGCCCGGAGGCGGGGACCAUCCAUGGGGGCCUCGGCGAUCUCCAAGGCCCGGGCCGACCGGGUCCCCGCGCCAGGGCCCCAGGAGGAGCCCCAGGAGGAGCCCCAGGAGGAGCCCCAGGAGGAGCCAGAGGUGCUGCUGGACCUGAGCCAACUGCCACCCGAGCUGCUGCUGCAAGUGCUGAGCCACGUGCCCCCGCGCACGCUGCUCGGCCGCUGCCGCCCGGUGUGCCGGCGCUGGCGCGCCCUGGUGGACAGCCAGGCCCUGUGGCUGCUCGUCCUGGCCCGCGACCGCAGCGCCGCUGGCCGCGCUGUGCUGCAGCUCGUCCGCAGCUACCCGCCCCUGGCCAGCUGCCGCCUCGGCUGCUUCUGCGAGCUCAGACCGCUCGGACGCAACCUCAUCCGCAACCCGUGCGGUCAAGAGGGUCUGCGGCAGUGGAAGGUCCAGCACGGUGGUAGCGGCUGGGCGGUAGAAGAAAACAUACACGCCGUGCCCGGGGCCCCGGCACAGACCUGCUUCGUGACUUCCUUCAGGUGGUGUUCCAAGAAGCAGACCUUGAACCUGGAGGAGGAGGGGCUGUGGCCAGAGCUGCUGGACAGUGGCGAGUUGGAGAUCUGUGUCUCUGAUUGGUGGGGAGCCCGCCACGACAGCGGCUGCAGGUACCGGCUCCACGUGCAGCUGCUGGACGCCGACCACGUCACCCUGGACAAAUUCUCGGUAGCGCCGGACCCUGUGCAGCAGUGGAACAACAGUGUCUGUUUCCGUGUCAGCCACGUGUUCUGCACCUUACCGACUGGCGUCCGCUUUGUAUCUUUUGAACACUGGGGCCAGGACACGCAGUUCUGGGCUGGCCACUAUGGAGCCCGUGUGACCAACUCCAGCGUGACCGUGAGGGUCCGGCAGUCUUCAUGAGACAGCCCCACCGUGCCUUCCAGGAGUGGGCAGUGCCAGCUGACCUGCCGGCCACCCCAGAACCCCAUGUCUGCCAAGCACACGCAUCUCCUGUUUCUGCUCAAGGCUCUGCCGGGCCCUCUCUGCUGGUUCUGGAAACUAU